AUGGCUUUCAGAGCCAGUGGAACACUCAUUUUGGCUUCUCUCAUUUGGAUUUUCUUCCUCUGUGCAACCAUUGCAUUCUUUCAGCUCAAAUUGGUUGACAACACAACCCAUCAACCGCCUUCUCAAGAUAAGGAUACCCUUUUGGAAGAUGAUUUGGAGGGUGUGACCCAUAAAGUGUUUUUUGACAUAGAGAUCGAUGGAAAAUUAUCCGGUCGCAUAGUCAUGGGACUUUUUGGGACCACAGUUCCGAAAACUGCAGGAAAUUUCCGUGCGCUCUGUACAGGAGAGAAAGGGGUAGGAAGAAGUGGGAAGCCGCUUCAUUAUAAAGGGAGCGCAUUCCAUAGGAUAAUACCAAGCUUCAUGGUUCAAGGAGGUGAUUUCACAAGUGGCGAUGGAAGAGGCGGAGAAUCAAUCUAUGGUGAUAAGUUUGCUGAUGAAAAUUUCAAGCUGAAGCAUACCGGGCCAGGAUACUUAUCGAUGGCGAAUUCCGGGCAAGACACCAACGGCUCUCAGUUUUUCAUAACUACAGUAAAAACCAGCUGGCUUGAUGGACGCCACGUUGUAUUCGGCAAGGUACUUUCUGGUAUGGAUGUUUUGUACAAGAUUGAAGCAGAGGGAAGUGAAAGUGGCUCUCCCAAACGCAAAGUUGUCAUAUUAGACAGUGGAGAAUUGACUUCAUGA